AUGUUACUUCGAAAAUCAUCAUUGUCAUCAUUACUUUCCUGUCAUCAUCGUUGCAUAAAAACAACGAGCAGUACCACACCAUUGAAGUCAUCUCUCAUUCAUCAUGAUUCUGUAAAAUUAAAAUUAUUAUUCAUUGAAAACUAUUCCAACGGAGUUGCUCAAGCACAUGCUCAUUUUCAUCAUCAUUCCUUUAUUGCUCUGAAUUCAUCCAAUAAUUCAUCCAAAAUUUUGCUCAAAAACACAACAGUCGGAACCACUCCCACGAAACCUCUCAAAUUUAAAGCAUCAUCAUCGGAUCCAAAUAAUUCAUCUUCUAAAGGCGACUCGAAAAGCAAGCCAAAAAGUAAUUUCUUUUUCAAUUUAACACUCGGAUGCUCAUUGGCAAUAUUUGCAUUGAUGCAAUACGUUAACUAUCAUGAAGAUCUUGAUCCAGAUGCAAAUAAUGAUGAUUGGAAGCUGUUAUUUUCUUCUUUGGAAGGAGAACAAGAUCCAUCAAACCAUACCAAGGUCAAAUAUUCGGUGUUCACUAAACGGCAUCACUUCAAGAUGAACGAGUUUAUUGCCAUGUCUUCCAAUUCAUAUAUUACACAAGUGCAAGACGAGGAAGGUGGUGAGAAUUUAAUCGUGCUCUACAAUCCCAUCAAGCUCACGGAACAAACCAAACAACAUCUUAAUAGCUUGUUCUCUCCAAAUCUUAGAAAUACUUUUGUAAUUGUUCUUCCAAAUACUGAACAUACGUCCUUCUUUGGAGAUUAUUAUCACGAUUAUUGCUACAAGGAGGCUUCGAAAAAGCACAAUGCUCGAGUUUUAUUUCUUUGUCAAAAAGAUGCUAAGGACAUGUUUAUUGAGCUAGCAAGGAAGAAUAUUGUUGUAAGAAAAGAAACCCCAGUGACAGCAGAAAUUAAUAUUGAGUCUGAUUUGUUUAUGGAGUUUGGAAGAUUUUCUGCCGUCUCAAAGAAGGAGACAGCAAGAGAUCAGAGAAAGGAGAUUGUGGACCUGGUCACCAAACAUUUUGAAAUUAUCAGAGUGAAAGGUAUUGACCCAAGAGUUGAGGAAAGUUUACUUUAUCACAAAGCAUCGAAAACUCUAAUGGCUUGUGACCUGAUUAUGAACUUAGAAGGCCACACAGCUCAAGAUCCUAUUAUCAAACUGAAACGUCCACAAUAUGAGCCUUAUGUCUUGAAAUACUCUCGACAUUUUAAGUUUGGAAAGGAGAUGGAUGCUCCCUAUCUCGACAAGAACAUGUUACAUGAUAUUCCAAAAAUCAGAGAGUCUCUCAAUCAAGCGGUUCGCUUGCCAUGGAAUGGUGUAGGAAUGGCUCAUGGAAAUACCAUUGUGAUUGAGAACACACCUGAAGGAAGAAAGAGAGAGGAGGAAUUAAAACAAAAGUGGCUAUCUUCUUGGGAAUCUAAAUUCACAGCUUAG